AAGUGCUCACACACAGCCCCAUUGGAGCAGCUGCUGAGGGCCAAAUGGAGAAACUUCUAAAACAAAUGGCAUCUCUAUGGGAGAAGAUCCAAGAAAAUCAGGAGAAUCUAGAGGCAGAGAAUAGUAUGACAAAUCGGUGGAGAGAGUGAGUCAAUGCAGCUGUGCAUGCCCCAGGCUAUGAAACCAGAGCUCAGUGCCCUGCCCAUCACUGGACUGACUGAAAGGUUCCAGUCCUUCAAAGUUGUUCCUAUUGAACCCGAAAUUUUUCCAUAUUCCUCAACUUCUGAAGAAGAGAGUCAAGACACCUUGUUGGAGGAGGAGCCUACACAAUACGAACCUGUUGUUCCUAUAGAACCUGAAAUUGCUCCAUGUUUGCCAAAUGCUGAACAAGAGUGUCAAGACACCUUGGUGGAGGUGGAGCCUCCACAACAGCAACCUGUUGUUCCUAUAGAACCUGAAAUUGCUCCAUGUUUGCCAAAUGCUGAACAAGAGUGUCAAGACACCUUGGUGGAGUGGGAGCCUACACAACACCAACCUGUAUUUCCUGCACCUGCCUACAGGGCAACUUCACCAAGGUACCAGCGAAGGCCACCAGUGACUAUGGUGAAGGUGUUAUCUAAAAAACGCAGAACUGUGUCCAAAAUGAGGAGAAUAACCCGUCGGAAACGCCCUGUUGUUCCUCGGGACACUAGAAGACCUCAAGUCCAAACUGGCACUUUCAGAGAAGGAACACAAAGGGAAAUGGAAGGUACUGUUGAAAUGCAAUAAUUUCAGUUG